AUGUCGGUGGAGGGAGACGUGGUCGGCUCACCGGACCGUUCGGAUUCUGGACACGAAGUAGCCAGAGAUCCACUCAUUACGAUGGCAACCACGAUCAGAAGGUUUGAAAGGUUUCGUAUUGCAACCGCUCUCGACAAUAAGCCUGACGAAUAUCAGGUCAACUCACUUCUGUACGUGAUGGGAGACGCUGCUGACGAUGUUUUGGCUGUCUUACCACUGAGUGAUGCAGAGAAAAAGAAAUAUGCAACUGUUAAAGAGGCAUUUGAGAAGCAUUAUGUUGGAAAACAUAAUGUCAUUUUUGAAAGAGCACAGUUUAAUUCCAGACGGCAACAUGAGGGUGAGAGUGCAGAAUCAUUCAUCACAGCUCUACAUAAACUUGCAGAAAACUGUGGAUUCGGAGUGCUCAAAGAUGAACUUAUAAGGGACAGAGUUGUAGUUGGCAUAAGAGACAAAAGACUGUCCGAGCAGCUACAAAUGGACUCAGAGUUAACUCUUGCUAAAGCCAUUCAGAAAGUUAGGCAGAGCGAAUCUGUAAAGAAACAACAAUUAAUACUUCACAGCAGCUCUGCAGAAGGGAAAACACUGAACAUGGACAAUAUAAGGACAAGCAUGAAAAGAGGGAAAACACAGACACGGCAGAAGAAAGAACAAAGGCCACCCAAGCUAAGUGAUAAGGAACGUGGCCGCUGUGGCCGCAAGAACAAGCACUCAUGGAAAGAUUGCCCAGCUAGAGAAGUACAGUGCCGAAAAUGUUUGAGGAAAGGACAUUUUGCUGUAGUUUGUCGCAGUAGUGAUGCUGCAAGGGUACGAGAAGUGACGGAAAGUCUAAAAGAUACAGACAGUGAGGAUUGUGUGUUCCUGGGAGAAGUGGGGACGGUGAGGUCACAGCCCUGGAUGCAAAAGGUCAAGUUAAAUGGGGAAAACAUAGACUUUAAACUUGACACAGGGGCAGAUGUUACGUCUAUUCCAGAGGGACUAUACAGCCCAGAUAGGGAUGGUAAGCUGCAGAAACCUAAAAAGACACUACUGGGGCCAGGCAGUUACCCACUCAAUGUUAAAGGCUGCUUUGGGGCACAACUGGUAGUGAAAGGACACAGUGUAUCACAGGAGGUCUACCUUGUGUCUGGUCUAGUUCAGCCACUGUUAAGCAGACCUGCAUGUGAGGCUUUAGGCCUCGUGUAUAGAGUAAAUACAGUCACUGAAUCGGAGAUAGAUUUCAGGGCAGCUUACCCAGAUGUGUUUAAGGAUUUAGGAAUGUUGAAGGAGCCAUAUCACAUUGAGCUAGAGCAGGGAGCCAUACCGGUAGCCCUAUCCGCCCCGCGACGGAUUCCGCUUCCCCUCAGAGAUGCAGUGAGAACAGAGCUGCACAGGAUGGAAGAGAUGGGAGUUAUCUCCAAAGUCACUGAGCCUACGGAGUGGUGUUCGGGCAUUGUUGUGAUCCCCAGACCAGUAAAAAAGCCUCCCAGAAUAUGUGUGGACCUCACACCCCCUGAAUGCAACAGUAAAAAGGGAAUGCCAUAUUCUCCCAGCGUGGCUCAAACACUAGCAAAGAUUAAGGAUGCUAGAGUGUUCACAAAGCUCGAUGCCCGUUCUGGAUUUUGGCAAAUUCCUCUGCACCCGAGUCAAGGCCGCUCACAACCUUCAUCAACGCCUUUUGGAAGGUUUCAGUUCAACCACCUUCCUUUUGGCAUAGCGUCGGGAAGAACCUUGUCACCGCUGAUGCCCUGUCCCGAGCACCACUGGAGGGCCCGCCCUCCUCCAGGAGACCUUCAGCUGGAAAAGGAAGUGGACGUCUUUGUGGACUGUGUUGUAUCCCAGCUUCCAGCCACAGACAAAAGGCUAGAGGACAUUAAACUAGCACAAGCUGAACUGAAGCACACAACGGCAGAGGUCACUAUUAAGGCUGUGAAAGAGGCCUUUGCAAGACACGGAGUUGCAGAGACUGUGGUGUCAGAUAACGGGCCACAGUUUUCUUCAGACCAGUUCAGACAGUUUGCUAAGGAGUACCAGUUCACACAUAUCACGAGCAGCCCUAGAUACCCCCAAGCUAAUGGGGAGGCAGAGCGCGCUGUUCAUACCAUCAAAGAUCUGUGGAGAAAGGACUGUGACUUCAGCAGGGCGCUGCUUGUCUACAGAUCCACCCACUGGAACACGGACAAUGAUGCCCUGCGACUCAGGACUGAGGUCAGACAGUUGAAUCUGAAGCUAAGCACGUGCAGCGCAACAGCUUUAGUUACAACCAGCUGUUAUCAAACCCAGUUGCGCAAGAAAAUGAAGCAGCUGCUUUCCACUCAUGACAGUAACUCAUUCCUGAUUCUACAGAUCAUCGCACUGACCAACGAGGUGAACUCACUGCAGAAGAAGCUCAAACAGGCAACUAAUUUGAUGAACAUCAGUGAGCUGCAGAUACAGCUGGAGGAGCGAAACAGGGAGCUAAAGGUUAAGACGCUGCAGCUUGAAAGGAGCCACAAGAACUCAGACCUCAUUCUUCAGAUCAUCACACUGCAAAAUGAGAUUUGGGAUGCAGUACAAGCUGGCUUCAGUAAAGAAACAUCACAUCCUCCCAUGAAAAUUGUGGAUCUUCAAGUUCAGCUGGAUACGAAGCUCAAGGAGCUGCAGUUCACAGGAGAGGUCAAUUCUACUGUACUGGAGCUGAUUUUUGUGAAUAGUAAGAUUGAAGCAAAUCAGAAGUUGAUCGGUGUCUACAAUGAGAAAUCCACAUCCAUGAUCACUGUAUAUCAGAGGCAAUUUAAGCAAAAAGCUGAGCUCCUUAAAGCCAAGAUUUUAGAAUUAAAUGACGAUGAGAGCAACAUGGCACUGACCAAGGAGAUUUUGGCAUUGCAAAAUGAAUUGGCACAUAUCAGUGAGUUAAAGACAGAUGCCAAACUGGUAGCUGAGGCCACUGUGAAAGAGAUAAAAGUGAUUUUGGAGGAGGAUCAGAGACAACAACAACUGCUGCAGAAACAGUUGGCGGAAAACGGGUUUGCACAAGCACAGAUGAUCAUGAAGAUUAUCAACAUGAUAAAAGAGCUGAGAGAGCUGGAGGAGGAUGACAAAAACCAGACAACAGUCCAACCAACGACCCUUCAGAUUCAGUAUGCCAAAGCUCAGGCUGAAAUAAAGGAGCUGCAGAAGAAAUUGCGAUCAAAGACUGAAGAGUGUUCUGGACUCUAUGAGAAAUACAACGAGACAAAGGCUGAAUUUGAAGAAAAGAUUACACAGCUGAACAGAACUGACUCCAAAUCAGCACUUGUUUUGAAGAUCAUCAACCUACAUGAUGAGCUGAAGUACCUAAGGAAUCUGAUCUCCACCACAAAUGACCAGGACAGAAUCUCUGAACUACAGCGCCAGUUUGAGGAGAAGAAACAAGAACUGAACUGGAAUAUUACAGACUUGAAGAGACAAACUGCCAACUCAGAAACAAUUUUGACAAUCAUUGAUCUGCAGAAUGAAAUAUGGGACCUUCAGAAUAAAGCUGCCAAUCAGACCGCUCUUAACCACGUGAAAGAGUUGGAAAACCGUCUGGAUGGGCUGAUCAGAACAAUAGAAGACAGGAAUGACGUAAACACAAAACUGAUGCUGAGGAUCAUGAUGCUGCAAAAUCAGGUGGAUCACCUGGAGAAGCAUUCGUUAUACCUUCAAAACACCCACAUAUCUGAGGUCACCAAGCUCACAAAUGAGCUCACCACCAAAAAGAAUGACUUGCAGGAAUACAUCAAUAAACUGAAUGAGAAGAAUCGGGAAAAUGCAGAACUGAUCCUGUCAAUCACUCAGCUGCACAACAACCUGAAAAACCUACAAAGAGAAAAGCUUAAUUUCAACCAAGAAACUUCCCUCACAAUUGCUACUCUGACUGAACAACUGAAGGUGUCAGAGGAGCAGCGCUCCCGUGUUCAGGCUACAGUCAAGGAGCUGCAGUAUAAAGUGGACCAAACGGAGGCACAGUGUUCCAGUAAUGAAGGCGCACUUAAAAUCCUACAGGAAAGCAUGGACGCCAAAUUCAAAGAACUGAAGACAAAAUCUAACACCGUUACUUCUCUUGCUCUUCAAAUUUCUGCAUUAAGCUUGCAACUAGAGGUUUUACAGAAACAGAAAGAAAACACUAAUGAUAAAACAAAACUAGAAGAGCUUCAAAAAACAGUUGAUGAAAAGACCAAAGAGCUGACCAUUAAAACAGAAGACCUAAAAGCAAAAAGCGCUCAACCUCAAAGAUUCCUACAGAUUGUUGCUGUACAAACUGAAAUUGAGAGACUGGUGAAUCUGCCACCGAACGACACAAAUUACAAUAACAUUGAAGUACUCGAAGAUAAACUGAAUUAUUUGAUUAAAGGAAUUCAAGAUGAAAAUGAUGAAAGUGCAAAACUGAUGUUUCAGAUCUUGGCUCAGCGAGAUAAACUAAUCACACUGAAGAAACAGCAAGAGAAUCGGUUUCUAGAACAAACACAAAGAAUUAAAGAGCUGGAGAAUGACUUGGAGGAUGUAAGAAGUCAGAUAAAAGUUAAGACGGUGGAACUGGGCUCAAAUGAAGUUAGGGUUGCUAAUCUGUCGGCUGAUAUUAUGGAACUUCACAAGAAAAUCAAACCACUGGAGAUUCAAAUAUCAGUCCUCAAAGAAACACACAGGAACGCUAGUGAAGAGCUCCAGAAAAAACUGGAAUUGACAAAAAUGCAAUUACAGGACAGUGAGAGCCUGCUCAAGGACGCAAACUUAACGAACUUCAAUUUGAUAAUGGACAUUGCUGAUCUGAGGGCACAACUGCAACAGGCUCUGAAAAAGGCAUCAGUGGCAACAGCUGCUGAAAUAAAAGCCAAAGAACUGGAACAGCUGCUGGAAACUCAACAGCAAGAAAACAGAAAACUCAAAAGCACCAAUAAAGAGUCAAUACAGAAAAUCAAGGAACUGCAAUUGUGCUGCAGCGAAGUUAACCAGUGUGAUGAUUUACAGAGCCAGCUGACACAGAGCCAGACAGAUGCUGACCUCCUGCAUCAGCUGCUGACUGAAAGUGAAUCCAACAUUAAGCAGCUGCAGCAGCAGUUAGACAAAGAACACUGGGAGAAAGUCAAACUGCAGGACAAAUAUAAAUACUCGGCAGAAGAGAAUAAAAAGCUCCAGGAACAUUUACAAGCUCUUCAAACCAAAUUAGCAGAUAUUGAUGAUCAAAUGAUCCAACCCAAGAAAGUCAUAUUUGAUCCAAACACUGCACAUAGAAGACUACUUUUAAGUGCGGACAAUACGGUGAUGGCUGUUGGUGAUGAGGACCAAACUGUUGACGACCACCCAGGGCGGUUUGACGUGAUUUUAGCUGUGUUGGGCAAGGGUGGCUUCACGGGUGGCAGACAUUACUGGGAGGUGUCUGUAGAUGGAAAGCUUUGUUACCAUCUGGGAAUGGCCAGUGAAUCCAGCAACAGAAGGGGACCUAUUACAUUUAGUCCUACAAAUGGGUUCUGGACUAUAGUCUUAAAUAAGCAGGGUCAGUACAUAGCAAAAGAUAAAAGAUCUUCCGUUAUUCCAGUUCAGAGAAAACCACUUAUACUGGGCAUUCUACUGGACUACAAAAAGGGCCAAAUCUCUUUCUAUGAUGCUGGUAUUAGAUCUCGUAUUUAUUCAUUUGUGGGUCAAAACUUUACAAACGCAGUCUAUCCAUUUAUCAGUGAUUGUGUUGAGGACUACUCAAAGCCAAUCACUCUACUUUUACCUGGCCCUGUAGACUGGAUAUAACAGGAAGUCACACAGCCAAAUAUCAUCCCAGAAGGACCAAAGGGUACUCUCUGCUAAUCAUUUACAUUAAGUCUUUCCAGUUAAUCUCACUGGCAAACACCACAAUCUCAGGUGUCUGAAAUCCACAUUAACAGUUUAA